AUGAGCGCCCCGGGUACCUCGCCACCAAAGGUUGUGCCGCCACUUCACAGUGUCACAUCUCAACAAAGUGCUCCAGCGAACGUCAUCAUCGAAGUCGGCCCAGACGGCAACAAAUACUACAUCCAGAAGGCCUUUCUGGUACAUUACUCCGAAUACUUCAGCAAAGCACUCAGCGGAACAUGGGAGGAAGCCAAGAACGGAGUCGUGACUCUCACCGACGUAUUGCCUGGUGUCUUCAACCUCUUCGUGGAAUGGCUGUAUACUCAGCAUCUUCCCAGCAACUACUCCCAGAUCGCAGAUGGAACAACCCAUGAGCACAAGUGGAUGAUCAGGCUGUACGUGUUUGCAGAUCGUUUCGCGGUGGCAGCAUUACGAACAGCGAUGAACCGAGCGAUCGUCAAAAAAUACAGCAAGCCAUCCCUGCCUCCCUAUUCGUCGAUCAUAUAUGCCUUCGAUAACCUUCCUUCAACAGAUCCAAUCCUAGAUCUGCUCGUGGACAUUACUUUCAUCACAUGGCACUCUUCCCGCGACGGCCCCAAAGGAGCGGCGAUGAUCCAGGACUUGCCAAAGGACUUCUUCAUACGCUUCUACAUGAGAGUCGGCAACGAACGUGCUCAAAACCGUGCAAACGUAUUCGGCGCUUUCGAUAUUGACUUUUGUAGCUAUCAUGAGCAUGAGAACGAAGCGGAUAAGGACAAUUGCCCCAUCCAGUACAAACCGGCCGCCGGAAAAUACAAAUUGGAGCGGCCGGAUGUCAACAAGAAACCAAAGGACACAGGCAGCUCCUCGUAG